UCCAGAUUUCUGGGCUUUGUAUUUAUUAUCCUUGAAUCUUAAACUUUCAAUCCUUCAGCACUGUUUUCCUAAAGAUGCAGAGCGGGAUUUAGGUACAGGGUGAGGAGGCUGCAACCCUCCCGGAAUGCAACUCGUAGACACAAAACCCUAAAGUAAACACCCUGCCUUGCACCACGCAUGCAGCUAAAUAGCAUCGGCAACGGUAAGUUACUUAUUCCCUGUGGCCUGAUCCUGACAAGUUUCCCUGGCAAAAAUCUCCCUGUUUCUCAACGCCUGCCCCAAGCAAAGGGCUUCAGGAUGUCACACAGUAGCUGACUCCAUCCGGAGCACAGCGGUGGCUAGGACCCAGCAAGAGCCUGGAGAGGAGUGCGGAGGAAGACAAGCAACAUAAUUUAAAGCAGACACCGUCCCAAAUAAGGUUAUUUCCCUGAAAAUGCCUUCGUUCUGAAGUUGAGAGGGAGCCUUUUGGCGUCCUGAAUGAGUGAACAUGAAGCUGACGGGCAACUUCAUCGGUACCAGGACUGAACCGGUUUUGAAGAGCUGGAUAUGCGUUUUAAAGACAUGAUAAGCAGUGUGUGGGGAAGCGGGGAACCCUUGAAACAAGAACCAUGAAACUGUACAUCAUCUUCUUCCUGGCAGUGGUGAACAGAGGAACCUCUAACAAUCAGUCCACAGAGGGGAUGAUGCCCUGUGAAAUGGCAAACUUGCAGGCAUUUUGCCACAACAAAGACCUCCACCAAAUCCCUCAUGAGCUUCAUCCAAGUGUAAACAAAAUAGAUCUGUCUGGAAAUCUGAUUCAAAGCAUCCCUGAAAUGCCAUUGUCGUUUUACACUUCCCUCCAGUGCCUGGAUUUAAGCUCUAACCAGAUCAGCUUCAUCACGCCUGGAGUCUUUGCACACAUGACGAAUUUGCUGGAAAUAAACUUAGCCAACAAUCACUUAUAUGAGCUUGCUCAGAAUGGGACAGAAGGGAUUGGACUUUUACCCAAGGUGGAAAUACUGGACUUGUCUCACAACAGUCUGUACAAUGGGAUGGCUGAGUAUUUCACCAAACAAGCUCCAGCACUGCGGUAUCUCUCCUUGGCAGAAAACAGUAUUAUAAUGAUAUCACACAAGAUGUUUCAGGGAUCUCCCAGUCUUGUGGAGAUAGAUCUUCAGAGUAAUAUCAUCAUGGAAAUAGAAGAAGGCGCUUUUGAGACUCUAGUGAACCUUUCCAAACUCAACCUCUCCAUGAAUUCAAUUACUUGCAUCUCUGAUUUCAACCUCAGGCAGCUGGAGAUACUUGACCUUAGCAGGAAUAGCAUUGAGACCUUCCACACCACAAAAUCAGAUGAUGAAUAUAGCUUAAGAUUUUUGGAUUUGAGUGAAAACAAACUGCUUCACUUCCCAGUCUUCCCCCAGGUAAAUAAGCUGGUAAGUUUGAAUUUAUCAAAGAAUUUAAUCCAGCUCACUGCUGAAUCCCCUCACAAUAAAAUGGACUAUAUGGAAAAAGAAUGGAUAGAUGCUUCUUUUCAUCUUCUUGAUCAGAAGCAAAGUAGAAACAAAAGUUCUCUUUAUUUAUCCCGCCUUGUAUAUUUAGACUUAAGUUAUAAUGAAAUCAAAUCCUUUCCGGAUGAGUUCUUUGAAUCAAUGUUGUCCCUUCACACCCUGAAUCUCAGUAAAAACUGUCUUCAGGCGUUUGCAGUAACUUAUGACAGUGCAUUGACCUCCCUAACUGUCCUCGACUUGAGCUACAAUGCUUUGCAGAACCUUCUCCUAGACGCUGGCACACUGUCAAAUUUGAAGGAGCUCUACAUUCAAAACAACCAUCUUCAGACCCUACAAUUUGAUAUCUUCUCAAGCCUCCCUAGCCUCAGACUGCUUAAUCUACAGAGCAAUAAUAUCAGCCUUUGUAGCAUGUACUCAGGAUUAGCUAAGCAAAGACUUACUGGAGAGGAAAGUGGUUGUGUGUCAUUUGUUGACUCUCCUGAUCUUCAGUACUUAUACCUAGCUGACAACAUGCUGAGCAUCCUACCAGCAUAUACUUUCUACAAGACUUCUCUGGUCGUCUUGGAUCUCUCCAUGAACCCUGGACUGAAAAUAGAAGUUAAAGCAUUAUCAGGACUGGAAAAGUCUCUGGAAUAUUUGUAUUUACAUGGCAACAGCCUCAUAGAUUUAAAUAUUGACUUGCCUUGCUUUAGUCACCUUAAACAUUUAAACCUCUCUGAAAAUCAGCUGAACUGGCUGCCUAAGUGGGGUAGUGACUCUCCACUGGAAGUUCUGGACCUACGGAACAAUAGGUUUAGUACAUUACAGAACAGCAAUAUUUUAGCAUUAGAAAAUUCACUUAAAAACUUGUAUCUCACUGGGAACCCACUCAACUGCUGCGGAAACAUCUGGCUUUCGUCAAUGAUCCAGAACAAAAACGUCCAGAUCCCAAACGUGGAGCACUUAACCUGCCAGUACACUCAGAACUUUGGGUACCAGGAAGAAAUGCACAUCGGGAAUAUUAGACCAGAAAACUGUGAAAAAGAGGAUCUGAAGAAAAUCAACUUCCUUAUCAUAUUAACAUUUGUGUUGGUUUUAUCUGUGAUCAUCAUUGGUGUGGGUUCAUUUUUUUGCUUCCGCAGGCAAAACUUUAGCCAUCAGUUCAAAGCAUAGGAACACAAAAUGCCUUGAAAACCGAAGAAAUCAGGUGCUACACUGCCGCUGUGUAGAAAUGAAGGGUAAAAUUCUCAUCUUUGAUUUUUAACUGUGGAUCUUAAGAUGGUUUCAAAGUGCCCCUCAAGUGUGCCACUACAGUGCUCUGGGUUGCAGGGACUGGAAGGAGAAUUUGCCAUGUUUUGCACUUGCUUCAUGCUCUAGCAGAUCUGCUUAAAAACUGUGUUCAGUGGUAGAAGAGGCCACUGUAAAAGUCCUGCUGUUGUUUUGAGGGAUGUGUAAUUUAAACCAGACUGAAAGAAAAAGCCCUCUAAGGUCUUGAGACUUUUCACUAAGCUCAGAGAUGCUUCUUGAUCUCACCUUCACAGAAAGACUUGAUGGAAAUUGAGCAUUGUAACCAAAUCACUUUAUUAUGACAAUCAUUGAUGAUGUCGGCUGAGUAGGAAAGCCCUUCUCAAAGUUAUUGAGAUAAAGCUAUUUUGAAUGGGUCUGAGCUUUGCUUUUUUCCUAACUGGUUAGCUCCUAGUCCUUCCUAAACUGAAAUCAAAGAAAACUAUGCCAGGGCAGGCCAAAUCAUAAUUUUUCUCUGAAGUUGGUUGCAAAUUUCCUAUGAGUUCCAAAACAAUAAGAAUUUAGCUAAAAAAGGAAAUAACAAUUUGUGUCUGUUGUGUUUAUGGCUGCCAUUUAGAAAAUCCAAGGCUGACCAUGGGAACCAAAGACCUUGGUGGUAAGAAUCUCUUCAGACACCUCCCUUUGCUUGUAGCAUGUUGCUCCAGCCACUGGUGCAAGACACAAGAGGUAGAUGAGGUCAAUUAGUCUUGGUGCUUAAUACCCACGAGGGAUGGUAAGAGAAGUCUCAGGCAUGAAACAGCUGCUUUCUACAUUACCCAGAUCUGCUCAGAAGGUCACAGGUCCACAGUUCAACUCAAAGAGGAGAAAUUUGCCCCUCGUGUGCAAUACAUAUUUAACUGGGUUUAAUGUGAAGAAAUUCAUCUCUGGGGUGAAGGCUUUUUAAAAGGAAUAUCUUGGAGAAUGAAUUUCAAUCAGCUACCAUUGGACUGAAAUGUUUAUAUUUCUAAGGAAAACCAUUGGGAACUCACUGCAUACAGUUGUAUUUCAGUGCAAAAGAAUAAUAUAUCUAUUUUUAAAGGUCACAGGAGGUUAAACAGUAAAUAAGAGUGAAACAACACACAGGGAACCUAGUCCUGGGCCAUUAUUCGUAUCAGAUGUCUACUGUCUUUCCCUAAAAUGAUGUUAUGGUCUGGAGGACUGGCUGCAAGAAAAGUUAUGUAGAUCCUCAUUCCGUGAUGGUUUUAACAUUGGCCAACCUGUUGCUAAAACCUGACAGUGACAUAUAUUAUGUCCCUUACUUUGACAGCAAAUUCACCCUUUUGAAGUGAAAAAUAAAGCUCACCAAUGGUGUGAGCCUGACCUAUUAACAGGGUUCAGUGGCUUUGGAAGGAGCUGUAUCAGGUUUUCUGUUAAUGCCAGGAACUCUGCAUUAAGGCACAUAGGAGAAAUAGAGGUCAAACCAAAACCUGUCCAGGUAAAUAACUCAGAGUCCAAUUGCUGCUCCAUUUCUGUUUCUUCCAGCUAGUGAAUGUCAAAAUUAACACUACAAAAAGGUGUAUAAUUCUAUUUUUAAAGGAGUUAUGUAAGAAACUGGCUGGCAGUUUUCAUUGUGGAAUUUUGUACAAUAAAAACACCUUUGAAUUUUGUAAAAA